UUUUCCUCUGUAAUCUUCAAUAUAUUGUAAUGGAACAUGGAACAAUGUUCAGGAAUUCCACUAGAGUCGGAUUUUCGGAAACUAAAACAGUUCCUGAUUCUUGGAGGACCUAAUUCAGUUUAUCAUCCCCACUCUGUAUCGCACUCCUCUACAAAAAUUGAUCUCAGUUUUAUCCACAGGUUAAUUGCUGGUGGUAGAGGGAAAGAUGUUGUUCGUGUUAUUAAACAAUACAGUUUGGAGGGAAGAGCAGCAAAGCAGAACGCAAUACUUCGUGCCCUGGCCGUCUGCUCGACGUCCAGCGAUUUAGUAACGAAGCGCGAGGCAAACAGGAUCAUCCCAGAUGUGUGCAGAAUAUUUGACCACCUCAUAAAAUUCAUUAAAUUUUCCCAAGAAGAUGCUGUGGGUAAAAAGUGGGGACGUGCAAGGCGAAAAGCUAUUUCUAAUCUCUACAAUAAUUACCCGGGAGGUCCGAUGAAAUUAGCAUAUCACGUGACCAAAUACCGCAAAAGAGGAAAUAUGAGUCACAAGGAUGUAAUACGCCUUGCGCAUGUCAAACCUUUCAAUCAGGAAGUGCAGUAUAUACUUGGAUACAUCAUCCGUGGUUUAAAUGGAGCCAAUUUAAAUAUCCAUCAUCCGUCUCCUGAAUUAGAAUCCGUGAAGAAUUACAUACAAGGAGUGGAAGAAGCCAGAAGGUGCAGGACAAGGGGCGAUGAGGCUCACCUGAUUCACUUAAUUGAAACACACCAACUUUGUCAUGAACAUGUUCGGAAAGAAUUCCUGAACAAACCAGAGAUAUGGCAUGCUCUGCUUCAACAUAUGCCAAUCCAUGCAGUCAUUCGUAACCUGAAUUCUUUAGCAUCAAAUGAGGUAUUCAACUUGUAUGACGGAGAUGUAAACAUAGUUGCGCAAAAAUUGAACGAUUUGGGUUUGCUGAAUGAGGCACGGGUGCAUCCAUUCGAAAUUCUUACAGCAUAUUUCCAGCACAAAUCGGGAGAACGGACUGCUCGCGGAAAUGUGUUUACGCCAUCAGAAACAAUUCUUUGUGCUCUUGAGGAAGCUUUUUAUAAGUCACUGAAACCACGGACCGACAUUUUUGAGGCCAGGAGUGUUCGGAUGGCUUUCGGUAUUGAUUUGACUAUUUCUCCCUCUGACUGCGUAGUUUCUGCUAAGAUAACCUCACGCCAGGCAGUUACGGGUAUUCUGUUAGAACUCAUCAGAUACGUAAAUACCUACCAUGUUUUACCAUUCGGUGCUUCCGAUAUUUGCAGUCCUCUACCGAUAUCCCCAGACGACAGGCUUCAAAAUGUGGAAAAUUCGCUUUUCGUUGGUGGUGUUGAAAGUUCAAAUCUGACCAAACCUAUAGAUUUUGCAAUUAGGAACCAGUUGGAAGUAAAUGUAUUUGUUUUAUUUACCUCAAAAACUUACACUGAACAAGAGCAUUAUCAACUGAAGGAUGCCAUGGAUCGCUACCGAUCACAGCCUUGGGCUGGAAGGGAGCCCCGACUUGUUGUUGUGGACGUUGUAGGAAACCAAUCCCCCAUUUCAUCAUACGAGGAAGAUUUUCUUCGCAUAGAGGGUGCUGAUUCACAGGUGGUUAAUGUGAUCAAACAGUUUGCUGUUGGCUGGGACUAGAUUUAAGAUCAUAACCGAAUUAAUAUGGAAAAGUGUCUACUAAAAGUAUUCCUUUACAUGUACAUGAAUGCACAGCAACAUGUUCACUCAUACUGUGGCACAGACACGUUGAUUUGAUCCGGAAGAAUCGUUGAGGGAAAAUCAACCUUUCUUUUAGUACCACUUUGACAUUAAAGGUGUACGUGUUUCCGAUCGAGGAGCUGUACUUUUGUGCAUUUGUGCAAGUUGCUAAGACCUGACAUAUUUGUACAAGUUACAUUGAAGACGAGUUAAUUAAGAUACGCGUUUGCAAUAAUCAUGUAAAAUUACAUUUUUAAUGACUUUUCUUUUCUUAUCAGAAACAUUUGAUUAGUAAUAAAAUCGUCUGUGCCUUCACAAUUUCAAAGAUUUGUGAAUACAUACGUACACACACACACACACAGACGCUUUUUUUUGAGGUACCUUACGUAAUCGCAAAACUUCGACAUUAUUUCUAAAGAUGUGUUUCAUUAAAAAUUGAAAUCUUAA